AUGAAUCCUACUCAACACUCGUCGAACCCUUUAGCACGAACUACACAGCAUAUGACUCCAACGAAUCCUAGUCAACACACAUCGAGCCCUUUUGCACGAACCACACAGCUUAGGACUCCAACGAGUCCUACUCAAUACACAUCAGGCCCUUUUGCAGGAACCACACUGCGUAGGACUCCAACGAGUCCUACUCAAUACACAUCAGGCCCUUUUGCAGGAACCACACUGCGUAGGACUCCAACGAGUCCUACUCAAUACACAUCAGGCCCUUUUGCACGAACCACACUGCGUAGGACUCCAACGAAUCCUACUCAAUACACAUCAGGCCCUUUUGCACGAACCACACAGCGUAGGACUCCAACAAGUCCUACUCAAUACACAUCAGGCCCUUUUGCAGGAACCACACUGCGUAGGACUCCAACGAAUCCUACUCAACACACAUCGAGCCCUUCUGCCCGAACUACACAGAAUAGGACUGCAAUGAAUCCUACUCAAUACUCAUCGAGUUCUUCCGCGAGUAGGACUCAAACGAAUCCUACACAAUACUCAUCGAGCUCUUCUGGGAAUAGGACUCUGCCAAAUCCUGCUCAAUUCUCAUCGAGUUCAUCUGCGAAUAGGACUCUAACGAAUCCUACUCAAUACUCAUCGAGCUCUUCUGUGAGUAGGACUCUAACGAAUCCUACACAAUACUCAUCGAGCUCUUCUGGGAAUAGGACUCUACCAAAUCCUGCUCAAUACUCAUCGAGCUCAUCUGCGAAUAGGACUCUAACGAAUCCUACACAAUACUCAUCGAGCUCUUCUGGGAAUAGGACUCUACGAAAUCCUGCUUAA